GGCGCGAGCUCAGUGCCCGUUCUGUCACGAGCUCCGUCCGGGUACAGCGACCGACCGAAAAGUCUCGUACAGUAUUGACGGCUAAUUAUAGCACACCGCGAUCUUUUCCUCGAGAAACAGGUCUGUCAGAUUAGUUCGUCAGCCAGCAAGAUUUCCCGUUGUCCUAUCGCGGUCAUUUGGGUGAUGUGUUCUAACAUUUGAUAGAGCUAGCCAGCUCGCUAGCUGUUUGGCUAGCUUGCCGUGCGUGACUCAAAGUCAGAGAGCUAUCAAUUCUGUUUUAACACCAUCGACAUAUAGGCGCGUAAUCAAAAAUUAAAAACAACACGGUGGCUUGUUUUUUAAUUAGUCAGUACCGCAACGUACGCGCAUGUCUUUCCAUCGUUUUCCCAUUGACGAGAGUUCACGGGAUUGAAUGAAUUAGCCAACGGAAACAGCAGUCGCGCGGACUUCCAAGCUUCUCUCUCUCUUCUCCUCAAACACCCGCGGCUACAGUACUUGUGUGCUUUACGAGCGCUUACAAUUUAAUUCAGGACUAAAUCGGCUCGAGUGUGAGUUAGCCCGCUAGUUAGCUCGGUGCAUUUGAACCCAAACCGCCGCCUGUUAAACAUCUGAAAGUCAUCUGUUUCGUGUUGAAGCCGACUUGAAGAGAAAAGCGAGCAAACAUGCCGGCCGUGUCGAAGGGAGACGGAAUGCGAGGAUUAGCUGUGUUCAUCUCGGACAUCAGAAACUGUAAGAGUAAGGAGGCCGAGAUCAAACGCAUAAAUAAAGAAUUGGCCAACAUUCGCUCAAAAUUUAAAGGAGACAAGGCUUUGGAUGGAUACAGCAAGAAGAAGUAUGUGUGCAAGCUGCUCUUCAUCUUCCUUUUGGGCCAUGACAUUGACUUCGGCCACAUGGAGGCUGUCAACCUGCUCAGCUCCAACAAGUACACUGAGAAACAGAUUGGAUAUCUCUUCAUCUCUGUGCUGGUGAACAGUAACAGUGAACUGAUCAGGCUGAUUAACAAUGCCAUCAAGAACGACCUGUCCAGCCGAAACCCCACCUUCAUGUGUCUGGCUCUGCACUGCAUCGCCAACGUGGGCAGCAGAGAGAUGGCCGAGGCCUUCGCUGGAGAGAUUCCUCGCAUCCUUGUGGCUGGGGACACUAUGGACAGUGUAAAGCAGUCAGCUGCUCUCUGUCUCCUCCGUUUGUAUAAGACCUCCCCAGACCUGGUGCUCAUGGGAGAAUGGACCUCUAGAGUGGUGCACCUGCUCAAUGACCAGCACAUGGGUGUGGUCACUGCUGCGAUCUCCCUGAUCACCUGUCUCAGCCAGAAGAACCCUGAUGAGUUCAAGACCUGUGUGUCGCUUGCUGUGUCACGACUCAGCAGGAUUGUGUCUUCAGCCUCCACUGACCUGCAGGACUACACCUACUACUUCGUUCCUGCUCCGUGGUUGUCCUGCAAGCUGCUGCGACUUCUGCAGUGCUACCCACCGCCUGAGGAUGGGGCCGUGAAGGGACGGCUGGUGGAGUGUCUGGAAACUAUCCUCAACAAAGCCCAAGAGCCACCCAAAUCCAAGAAGGUUCAGCACUCCAAUGCCAAGAAUGCCAUCCUAUUUGAAGCCAUUUCUCUCAUCAUCCACUAUGACAGUGAGCCGAAUCUUCUUGUGCGGGCAUGUAACCAGCUGGGCCAGUUCUUACAGCAUAGAGAGACCAACCUGCGCUACUUGGCCCUGGAAAGCAUGUGUACCCUUGCCAGCUCCGAGUUUUCCCAUGAGGCAGUUAAAACACACAUAGAGACAGUCAUCAAUGCCCUGAAGACUGAGAGGGAUGUCAGCGUGCGUCAGAGAGCUGCUGACCUCCUCUACGCCAUGUGUGACCGCAGCAAUGCCAAGCAGAUUGUCGCAGAGAUGCUGAGUUACCUGGAGACAGCCGACUACUCCAUCAGAGAGGAAAUGGUACUGAAGGUGGCCAUCCUGGCAGAGAAAUAUGCAGUAGACUACUCCUGGUAUGUGGAUACCAUUCUGAACCUAAUCCGCAUUGCUGGGGAUUACGUCAGUGAGGAAGUGUGGUACCGUGUCAUCCAGAUCGUCAUCAACCGUGACGAUGUGCAGGGAUAUGCAGCCAAGACAGUCUUUGAGGCUUUGCAGGCUCCAGCUUGUCAUGAGAACAUGGUAAAGGUUGGAGGCUACAUCCUGGGAGAGUUUGGUAACCUUAUUGCUGGUGAUCCUCGUUCCAGUCCUUUGGUUCAGUUUAACCUGCUCCACUCUAAAUUUCACCUGUGUUCAGUCCCCACACGCGCCCUGCUGCUUUCUGCCUAUAUUAAGUUCAUUAAUCUGUUCCCGGAGACAAAGAGCACCAUUCAGGAAGUGCUGCGCUCUGACAGCCAGAUCAGGAACAGUGAUGUUGAACUGCAGCAGAGAGCUGUGGAGUAUCUCAAACUGUCCUCCAUCGCCAGCACUGAUGUCCUGGCCACAGUGCUUGAAGAGAUGCCUCCAUUCCCAGAGAGAGAGUCGUCCAUCCUGGCCAAGCUGAAAAAGAAGAAAGGACCAGGAGCCGUGUCUGUGAAUGAGCUAGAGGAGGGAAAGAGAGAGGGAGGAGAACUCAAUGGAGGGGGAGAAAGAGGAGACAACUCUGCCAUUGCUGCAUCUAAUGCUUCCACUCCGUCCCCGUCUGCUGAUCUGCUGGGGCUCCGCACGGGUCCCCCUGUUACCGCCGCCGCUCCCAGCGCAGGCAGCUUAUUGGUUGAUGUUUUCUCAGAAGCUGGUGUCAAUGAUGAUGGCUUCCUGAGAGAUCUGGAACCCCCCACUGAAAGCUCUGACUCCCUAUUGGCUGAGGGUCCUGGUGACUCUGACUCUGCUCCCCCUUCUGUGGUCUCUGAAGAUCCUGCUACUCCUCUGCCCGAGUCAAACGAACUGCUCAACAAGUUUGUUUGCAAGAACAAUGGAGUUCUGUUUGAGAAUCAGCUGCUACAGAUCGGCAUAAAGUCUGAAUAUCGCCAGAACCUGGGGCGGAUGUAUCUGUUCUAUGGCAAUAAGACGUCAGUGCAGUUCAUAACCUUCACGACUACAGUCACCUGUCCAGGAGAGCUACAGUCUCAGCUCAAUGUUCAGGCUAAACCAGUGGAGCCUCUCAUAGAAGGAGGUGCUCAGGUGCAGCAGGUCAUCAACAUUGAGUGUCUGACUGACUUCAGUGAUGCACCACUCCUCAACAUCAAGUUCAGGUAUGGCGGAGCUCUCCAGAAUCUCACCCUCAAGUUGCCUGUUACCAUAAACAAGUUCUUCCAGCCCACAGAGAUGGCAUCACACGACUUCUUUCAGCGCUGGAAACAGCUCAGCCUGCCUCAGCAAGAAGCACAGAAGAUCUUCAAGGCCAACCAUGCCAUGGACACCGAAGUGCUCAAAGCAAAGUUACUGGGAUUAGGCAUGGCUCUCUUGGAGAAUGUGGAUCCGAACCCAGAGAACUUUGUGUGUGCCGGCGUGAUCCAAACCAAGGCCCAGCAAGUGGGUUCUCUGCUAAGACUCGAGCCCAACGCACAAGCUCAGAUGUACCGGUUAACCGUGCGCAGCAGUAAGGACACUGUCUCCAAGCGCCUUUGUGAGCUGCUGGCAGAACAGUUCUAGAAAGUGAGCCGAGACUAGCACCAUCUAAACCGACACCCAGACCAGACCAGCGUUCCUGAGAGACCCCCGAAAUUAAGAAUCUAUAAAACGCAUUCAUGCAUAAGGGAAAAAGUAGCUGUCAGUCUCUGGCAGCCAUCUUACUGUCCUUCUGAUAAUGAUUUUUACUAUUACUGUUAUUAUCAUCAGCGUUGCCCUUCUUGUUUUUAUCGGUGUUUAUCUGUGUGUGAGCAAUGGUGCGAAAGGAAGCGUGCAUGUUUUUUUUUUUUUCAUACAUGUGUGAAAGAAUCUUGGUGGUAGGUCCGUUCUCCAUCCUGCCUGUUCAACGAUCAACUCUUGUGUUGACAGCUUGUGUGUGUGUUGUGGGUUGAGUGGGGAGGGAGAAAAGUAAAGCAAAAAGAUGGAAGUGGAGCAAGUCUUCCCUCUCUCCUGUUUUAUCCGCAAAAUUUCAGCCGCAAAAACUGCACAUUAGCUGUUUCUUUGGAACAUUCCCUAUAAGACUAUUAGCAGGACAUCUCAAUACACUAACGCAAUGGCACUUCCCUAAAAGAGGCCAGAAUCACUAACCCCCAUCGCUUUCUCUCUCGUUUUCCUCCUCCACUGAAAUUAGUUACAUCCAGAGCCAUUGGUGUACAUAGAAAAAAAAAAAGAAAGAGAUUCCCCAUGCAUUUCCAGUUUAUCGCACUGUACGUACGUUCUUUCUGACGUAGAAUUGGCCAGUGCACUUUAAGAAGCUUUGAGAGGAAAGGCUUUUAUAGUCCCCACCCCCUUUUUCCUAUUCUUGUCCUAAGUAUUCAGUACUCAUCCUGACCCCCAUAUCUGACAAUGUUUAUUGAAAAAAAAAUCUCUAUAUAUAAAUAUAUAUAAACCAUGUAAAUGAUUACCCUUCAUAGUUGCAUUUGUAUGUCUCUUUCUUGUUUUUGAUAGUGGUAUAUUGUCAGUGUGUUUGUAUGCUUUCUUAAAUGGUCUUAUGUUUUUGCUCUUGUUUUGGACAUUCCAUUCUGUACUACAAGUGAAUGGGCAUAACGUUUCAGGUUAGUCUACAGUGUUAAACGAACUGGGUAGGAACUAGAAUCAGAAAGUUUCUGCACAUGAAGAGUGCAACUGCUGUGGACCUUCAUGUAAAUGUAUUUUUUCUGGCCUUGUUUUUUUUUUUCGUAAUAUCGUUAAAAAAAAAAUCAUUUGGAGGACAUUGACAACAUCUGUCACUCUUCCUGCACAGUUAUUGACUGAAAUGAAUAGUAGAUAGUGGUUACCUCAUUACUAAAUCCUUACAUGACAUACACACACUAUUAACUUUGAAUGGUGAGUGGCCACAGCUGGAGACCCAAACUUUCUUUUGCAGCGAUAAAACCUGGGAAAGCACUUAGUUUGUGAAAAGCCAUCACAUGCACGCAGUUGUACACGCAUUCUUAGGCUUAGAGGACGGGGCCUUAAGGGGGAGCACUGGACCAAAGCAGCUGCCAAUUGUCAGUCACGUACAGGGAUCAUAACGAUUUUGGUCAGCAACGUUUGGUGAGCAAGUGUGUGGUGUUAUUCUGUGUGAUCCAUGUAAAAAAUGAAAUAAAAUGGAAUUUAUGCGACAUUGUCAUAUUAGUUCAGCUGGGGGUCACGCUUCCCGCGAUGCAGUGAUGCAGUACUGGGGACAUCGUCAUUGUAGCUGAUUAGAGUCACCGUCAUGGCGUGUGUGUGUUUCUGUGUGUGCGUGUCUAUGCAGUAUCCGCUAGCUAAUGCAGCCCCGGUGUAUCGCUGUUCAACCUGUCAGAUACCUGUGUUAGAUUAAAUUUACUCUGUGCUGAAUAAUGUGAAAGUAAAAUUAUGCCAUAUACUCGAA